CCAGAAAAUGGAGUUUCUCAAAACGUCUUUGCUCCUUCUUGCGAUUUUUAUGGCGUUUCUGUGUUCAUCUCAAGGUUAUGUAUUUUAUGUUGGCGGCAAACAAGGGUGGUCGGCUAACCCUUCUGAAGAUUACAUUCAGUGGGCUCAGAGGAACCGCUUUCAAGUCCAUGAUACGCUCGUUUUCAAGUAUGAGAAAGGACAGAACUCAGUGUUGGUGGUGUACAGAGAGGAUUACUACAAGUGCAACGUCGAGAAUCCGAUUAAUAAGUACGCUGACGGCAACACAGAGUUCAAGUUCGACCGCUCCGGUUCCUUCUUCUUCAUCGGUGGCAACGCUGACUACUGCCAGAAGGGCCAGAGGCUCAUCGUCGUCGUAUUGGCCGUCCGAAAUGAGAGUCAAACUCCUACUCCUACUCCAUCCGUCCCUGGAAACCCACCGCUGCUGUCUCCCCCUAGUGAGUCACCGGAGGGCAGUCCGAGCCCUGCUUCGUCCCCGGCUGGGGAUGAGCAUUCUCCGGCGCCGGCACCCCACGGGUCUGCACCAGGGUUGACUAGGCCGGUGGUUUGGGUUUUAGGCGUUGGGUUUGGUGUGAGCGUGGUUUUGGGCAACUUCGUUGGGUUGUACAUUUAGUUGAUGAACAGCUAGGGUUUAUGGCAAUGGGUUUUCAUUAGGAGCAAAUGGGGGAUGGAAAAUGCCUAAAAGAAAGAGGAAUUUGUUUAUGAAUGACCCAUUUCUAGCUUUAUGAUUUAUUUGUAUUUGA